AUGGCCAAAAGACCCGCUGAGACAUCAUUGGAGGAUGCAUCACCAAUUAACUCUCCAACCUCAAAACGCGCGCGGGUGGAAGACCCAGAGGACGAGCAGCGACUACAACAUCAACAUCGCAGUCGCAGUCCGCUUGGCGAACGGCGAUGGGAAGACGAUGAACGCAAUGGAAAGGACAUCUUAGCAGCAGCAGAUCAAGAGGAGGAAGAGAUCGAGGAGGGUUCUAUUCACGGAGCUCUCGAUUCCGAUGAAGAGGAAGCGGGAGAGGAGUCGGCCAUUUCCGCACCUGCUCGCCAGACCGCGCCCGCAGAGGGUUACAGUGACCUAUACUUAGAUACAAUACAGCGAUCGGUACUUGAUUUCGAUUUCGAGAAGCAAUGCUCAGUUUCGUUGUCGAAUAUCAAUGUCUACGCCUGUCUUGUGUGUGGGAAAUACUAUCAGGGCCGUGGGCCCAAGUCGCAUGCCUAUUUCCAUGCGCUCGACGUUGGACAUCAUGUCUUUGUGAAUAUGGAGACGAAGAAGGUGUAUGUGCUACCGGAGGGGUAUGAGGUUAAGAGCAGAAGCUUGGAUGAUAUUAAAUAUGUGGUUGAUCCUCAGUAUAAAAAGGAGGAAGUUGCUAAGCUUGAUAAGGCGGUUAUUGAUGCUUGGGAUUUGGCAGGAUUCGUCGGAAUGAAUAAUAUCAAAUCCAAUGACUACCUAAACGUCAUUGUUCAAGUCCUGUCACACGUCCGUCCCAUUAGGAAUUUUUUCCUUCUUCACCAGUUCCCGAUGCCCGGAACUCCCCAACUCCCUCUGCGCUUCGGCAUCCUAGUACGCAAGUUGUGGAAUCCGCGCGCAUUCAAAUCUCACGUUUCACCACACGAGCUACUUCAAGAGGUUGCCCUACGCUCAUCGAAGCGUUUCACCCUCACCCAACAAUCCGAUCCUGUCGACUUUCUCUCCUGGUUCCUAAACAACCUCCACCUUAGCCUAGGUGGCUCCAAAAAGCCCUCUCCAACCCCAACCAGUGUAAUCCACUCUGCCUUCCAAGGCCAUCUCCGUAUCGAAAGCCAAGCUAUAACAGCCCGCUCUGACGCAGCUAACGCGCGCCUCGUCUUCUCCGAAUCUAGCGAGACAACCUCGCAAACAACACCUUUCCUCAUAUUAACGCUUGACCUCCCUCCCACACCACUUUUCCAAUCCACAAAUGCCGAAUCCAUCAUCCCACAAAUACCACUUACAACUCUUCUAAACAAAUACAACGGCCUUGUCGCGUCGGAAAAGCUCUCCCACCGUGUUCGCCACCGACUCCUCCACCCUCUACCCCCCUACCUCCUCUUCCACAUCAAACGGUUCAGCAAAAACAAAUUCGUCUCUGAACGCAACCCAACAAUUGUCACUUUCCCUUCUCCACGUUCCCUCGACAUGUCCCCUUACGUCGAACCGAAUCCAUCCGUGUGCUCAGCCGGCGAACCUAUACUGUACGAUCUAGUCGCAAACGUCAUCCUUGACGCAACAGUCACUGCACCCGGCGUUGGCGGUAACAGCGAAAGCUCCAGCUCUGGCCAUACAUCCAGUAGCACUAACGCUAAUAAAGCCGGCGUGACUGGCUCAACAGCGAUGACAGCAGGUGCCGGCGCAGGCAAUGAUAAGGUCUCUUGGCUCGUGCAGUUGUACGAUAAGGCUAUGAGUGUGGAAAAUGAGCGUGCACAUGCGCAGCAGCACAGAGGCCCUGAGUGGUUGGAAAUCCAGGACUUAUGGGUGAAGAGAACGGAGAGUGAGACGCUUUUCACGCGCGAAGGUUAUUUGAUGGUUUGGGAGAGGAGGAGGGCGGGUGCGGAUGGGAAAGGGAUGGGAAAGGUGAAGUCGUAA